UAAACCACUUCCUGUCUGGCCCAUGUACUUAAACGGCUGGACGGGAGCAGUGCAAGGGCGGGUGGCCGUUUAUAAAUGUCCUCCCUGCUGGUGCGCGCUCCCUGAAAGCGCACAGCACCGCAAUCCGGUGCCCACUGUGUCCGGAUUAUGUGAUCACUGAUUGUGAGGUGCCGAUCAUGUGAUCACCGAUUGGCCAAUCAGUGAUCACUACAUGUGAAAUCUGUGAAUGAUCACAGAGGUCACAUGGUACAAGGCUAUUUACAAUAGCCUUGUACCAUGUGACAAGCUGUGACCAAUCACAGCUCACACAGUA